AUGGAUUAUAAUAAAAUUAAUAAUACAUCAUGUAAUUAUUUUAAUGAUCUCUAGCAAACAUAUUUAAUGAAUCUCAAUUUGAUUAAUCAAGACAAGAGGAUGUAUUUAGCUAUAUUAUUUUUAAGGUUGUUAAUUUUUUAAGAGAGCCAAGAACAAACAAAAAAUUAUCUUACUAGUACCCAGUUGUCUAAGAAGCCACUUCAUAUUGGGAUCAAUUAUUAGCUGGAAGAUUAGAUUCAAUCUCCUUAAUCCCUACAACAAAAUGUGCUGUUUUCACUUUGUUCUUAAUAUCAUUUUAUAUGGGUUUAUUUGGAUUGAUUUUGUUUGGAGUCUCUACAAAUAUUUAAGAAGUUAGAAUUCCUUAUGGCUAAGAAUGUGAUCAAUAAACCUAUUGUAAGAUUACAUUCUUUGUAGAAGAAUUAAUGGUUACACCAGUCUACAUAUAUUAUGAGCUUUCUAAUUUCUAUUCUAAUGAUUUAAAGUUAUUACAUAUUUUUACUUUUAGUUUCGUUUAAUCAAUCAAUAAGGAUUAGCUAAUGGGAUAUGAUAUAGAUUAAAAAAAGUAUUGUCCAAACGCUUACUUACAAUCUUAAAUGAUUAGAUAAAAUCUAAGUGCUAGUGGUCAUCAUUUAUUUCUAGAUUAUGCAAAUCCUUGUGGUUUGGCAGCUAAGUAUAUAUUUAAUGGUAUUAAUGGAAUUAUAUUAUUAAGACACCUUCUUAAUUUAAAGUGAUAUAGAAUUCAAAAUUAAUAUAACUGCCCUUUUAUUACCUAUGUAUAAAAAACAAUUUAAAAGACAUUAAUAUUAUUUUAAGUAAUGGUUAGAUGUAGAACAUGGUAUUAUAAUUACUUAAUUAAUUAGAAUAUGUAUAAAGUUGGUUCAUACCACAAAUACAUUCUAGUAGAUUUAUUCUUUAUGGAUUAAUUAAUGGAAAUCUCAAUAGAGGAAGCUACUACUUAUACAUAAAUAAUUAAUAUCCCAUUAAAAUUUUUGGCGGAGAAAAAACACUAGUACUUUAGAGUGCAUCAGAAUUAGGAACCAAAGGUUUAACUAUAGGUUUAGUACUCCUUGGAGGUAGUGGAUUUUGUGCACUUUCCGCAUUAUUGAUCUACAUAAUAAAAAGAAAUAAAACUAAAACUUAAGUAUAGCAAGAAUAAAUUUGA